AUGAAAAUCAUAUUAAUAUUGAAUGUUUCCAUUUCUGGAAUAAUACUGUUACUUUCAUUAAUUGAAAUAAUCUUAAUUAAUACUAUAACCGCAUCACAUGCUCAUUAUUAUAAUUUCAAAGUGUUACGAAUGAGAAUUUCAGAUCCUCAAAUUAUAAAUACAAUUAUUAAUCUAAAUCUUAACGAACCGGAGAACUAUGAUGUAUGGACGUUUCCUAGAGAUACAAAUAACUCAAUGUACAUAUCAGUAUCUCCUGUAGGAUUUCAAAAUCUUACAAACUAUUUACAUCAUUUGAAUACUUCUUAUGAAAUAACUGUCAGUAAUUUACAAAAAGCAAUACUUGAUGAAAAGCGUGAGAAUCAUUUAAGAAGAGUAUCCAGUUAUUUAAGAACAGGACGUAAUAGACCAUAUUACAAAUCAUUUAAUGAGAUCGUUCAAUAUUUAAACCAGUUAAGUCAAACGCGUCCGUAUAUGACGGUGGAAGAUUUUGGUUAUACAGCCGAAGGUCGACCAAUGAAGGGAGUUACGAUAUCAUCAGAUUCGACAAGACCAAUAAUCUGGAUUGAUGCCGGUAUUCAUGCAAGAGAAUGGAUUGCACCAGCAACAGCAUUAAGUAUAAUAAAUAAGCUUAUGCGACCAUCAGGACAAACACUUUUAAAACAUUUUCAAUUCUUCAUAGUUCCUCUAAUGAACCCAGAUGGAUAUGAAUAUACAAGAACAAAGUAUCGUCUAUGGCGUAAAAAUCGAGCUCGAACAGAAGGUGAAGCAUGCAUCGGAAUAGACUUAAAUAGAAAUUUUCCAUUUAAAUGGGGUGUUGGAAAUGGAGCGUCACCCCAUUCAUGCAGUGAUACAUAUCGUGGAAAUGAAGCAGCCUCAGAAUUGGAAACACAAAGUAUCAUUAAAAAGUUAAAAUCUUUACAGAAUCAAAUAAUUUUAUACUUGAGUUUACAUUCGUUUGGUCAGUAUAUACUAACACCUUUCGGAUUUUCCCGUUACAGUUAUCCACCUUAUUACCAAAAAUUAAUGUCAAUGGGCAAAAAAGUAAAGCAAAUGAUACAAAAUCGACAUGGUUAUGUUUAUCAAGUUGGUUCAUCAUCUGAACUUUUGUAUGAAGCAGCUGGAGCAACAGACGACUAUGUAGCUGGUGAAUUAAAAAUCCCAUAUGCUUAUACAAUAGAAUUAUGUGAUGAAGGUCGUUAUGGAUUUCUUCUGCCACCAUCAUAUAUUGGACAAGUUGGAAGACAGUUAUGGACAGCGUUAACUGUACUCGCAAAUGAUAUUAUUCCUAAUUAA